CAAACUUCCGGUCUCAAGUUGCACUCCGCGCAGAUUUCCAUGGCGCAAAUCUCAGGCACGCUGGCUGUGGAUGAUGAGGAUGAUGACCUGGCGAUGGACCGGGUGAUUCAGCAGCAUGACGUCUCGGGCUUGGGCUUGUCAUCUGCUGCAGCGCCGACGCAUCGCUUCAACCGCUCCUACAAUGCCGCGGCCAGCAGUGAGAAGCGCCAAUUUGGGUACGAGGGCGACUCCGACGAGGAGGUGGCGCCGGAGCCUUCGGAGCCUCCACCAGAGUCCUACCUUUGCCACAGGUGCGGCAUCCAUGGCUCCCAUUGGGCAUGGGAAUGUCCCACCAACGAUGAUCCGGAACACGUCCGCAGAGUGCGGCCUGCCAAGGGCAUCCCUCGACAAUUCCUACGGAAGG